CUGCUUUUUCUUGUGAACGACAGUUUUCUGCCGAAUGUUAGUGAAUGUUUCCGGCAUACGGUUCUCGUGUUUGUACCAACUAUAUUUUUUUGGAUUUUAUUUCCUGUAUUUUUGGCACAAAUAUGGCGGAUUAGGCAAGAAAAGUAUUACUCUUUGCCGUGGCAAACGCUUGUGGUGCUUAAAUGGGUUGGUGUUUUUAUCUGUUUGGUUCUUAUUAAAAUUCACGGGGUAGUUACAUCUGGGAUAUUGCACACAACGUUUGUUGUUCUCGCUAUUUGUGGUGUUCCAGAAUUUUAUGCUUCCAUUCAGCACGCAGUGUAUUAUAAAAACAAGGGACGGUCUACGGAGUUGGAAAGUUCUUUUUUGAACAGAGUCGUGUUAUGGUGGUUUAAUGCCGUACCGCUGCUUGGAGCUCGGAAAGAUCUUGAAGUUGAUGAUUUGUACCAACUGAACAGAGGAAAUUCUUCGGCUUACCUCGUGCCUAAGUGGGAGAAAUUAUGGAAUCCCGCAGUUCAAGCGUUUAUCAGUUCGCUUUUCAGGACAAAUGAAAAAAUACUUGAACCGCCAUCUAUUGUUUGGCGUCUUUUCCUCAUGUUCAAGUAUGAAAUAUUAACUGCAACGUGCACGAAAAUUAUGUCAGAUUUACUGCAGUUUGCAUCUCCGUUCCUACUGAAUCAAAUGAUUGGUUUUGUAUCGAAUGAGGGAGCACCAAUGUGGAAGGGUGUAGCUUUUUCAAUUGCAAUGUUUGCUGCCUCGGAACUUCGUUCUUUUCUAAUUAAUUAUUAUUUUUUCCUUAUGUUUCGAACUGGCAUCAAGAUUCAAACAACUUUAACUGGUGCUGUAUACAAAAAGACACUGAAGCUAUCGAAUGAAGCAAGACGGCAAAAAACUGUCGGAGAGAUCGUUAACCUAAUGGCUAUUGAUGUUGAUCGGUUUCAGCUAGUCACGCCUCAAAUCCAACAAUUCUGGUCGUGCCCCUUUCAGAUUACUCUGGCUCUGAUUUACUUGUUCUAUACGCUCGGUGCCUCAGCAGCUUGUGGAGUAGGGAUUAUGAUUCUGUUUCUUCCGCUGAACAUUGUUGUCUCUUUGAUUGUAAAAAAAUGGCAGAUUUUAAAUGGCAUGAAAGUUAUUAAGCUUUACGCCUGGGAACCACCUAUGGAGAAGGUAAUCGAAAAUCUUCGCAAGCAAGAAUUGACUUUGGUUCGUAAGGCUGGUUUAGUUCGCGCUAUGGCCGAUGCUUUCAACACUGCGUCCCCAUUCUUGGUUGCGUUCUUGACGUUUUUAACAUACACCUUAAGCAGCGACAGUCAUGUAUUAACUCCUCAAAUUGCGUUUGUUUCUCUAACACUGUUUAACCAGCUUCGAUCGCCGAUGACAAUGAUAGCGUUCCUUAUCCAGCAGAUCGUUCAGGCUACUGUUGCUAAUAGGCGCCUGAAAUCAUUCUUUGUGGCAGAUGAGUUGGAUAUGAGAUGCAUUGACAGCUCUCCUACUGUUGAAGGUAAUUGUGCUGGACAAAAUUCAAAGGCGUCGAUUUCAAACAUAGAUUUUAAGGUUCCUAAGGGGCAGCUUUUUGCCAUUGUUGGUCACGUUGGAUGCGGUAAAAGCAGCCUUCUCAGCGCCUUGCUUGGUGAAAUGGAAAAACUCGGUGGUUAUGUUGGAGUGCGAGGGAAAAUUGCAUAUGUUCCUCAACAGUCUUGGAUUCAAAACUUGACAUUAAGAGACAACAUAACGUUUGGUAAGCCAUUUGACCGGAAAACUUACGACCGAGUAAUACGAGCGUGUGCACUUGCUGCCGAUCUAGCUAUUUUGCCGCAGGGAGACAUGACUGAAAUUGGUGAAAAGGGUAUAAACCUUUCUGGCGGUCAGAAAGCUCGUAUAUCCUUGGCCCGCGCCAUUUAUGCAAAUGCCGAUGUUUACCUUCUAGAUGAUCCGUUAUCUGCUGUUGACUCUCAUGUUGGGAAACACAUUUUUGAUCAGGUUAUAGGACCAAGGGGUCUUCUUAGGCACAAAACAAGAUUAUUUGUUACUCAUGGUUUGUCAUUUUUGAAGGAAGCUGAUGCGAUUGUACCACCUUUCAGUCAAAUUUCAACUGUCUCAGAACUAGCCGAUAGUAUGGCACGAUCAUCUACACGGCGCAGGAGAACAAUAUCUAGCACUUCUUCACGAAGUUCUUUAGUAAUUCCAACGCAGGCUUCUAAGAAGCUAAUAGAAAAGGAAAGACUUGAAACAGGGAGAGUAAAGCUUGGUGUUUAUAUGCAGUACUUCCAUGCAGCAACAUACAUUUUUUCUAUUAUGUUCAUCUUACUAUUCGCUGGUUACUCAGCUUCACAGCUUUUGCGAGGAAUUUGGUUGUCGAACUGCGUUGGCCGGUUAAAAAUUUUUCUAAUUUUUUCAGCACUCAGUUUUUUCUUUUCGCUGAUAUUCCUCGUCUUUGCUGGCUUACGUGCUUCCAAAAAUCUUCAUACUCCCUUUCUGCACAACGUCUUGAGAUCUCCGAUGGCGUUUUUUGACACCACACCUGUUGGAAGAAUUCUUAAUCGUUUUGGAAAGGAUAUCGACGUAAUUGACCAACUUUUGCCAACAAAUUUUCGAUAUUUUGUGAUGUGUAUAUUUAAUGUUGCGUCUACACUAAUCAUUGUUAUUGUCUCAACUCCAGUUUUCGUAGCAGUUAUAAUACCGUUAAGUUUCUGUUGUUCGUUAACUAACGGCUCUUUGCUCUACAGUAGAUUUUACGUCCCAACUUCCAGACAGCUUAAACGUUUAGAAAGUGUGAACCGGUCUCCUAUCUAUUCUCAUUUUGGAGAAACUAUUCAAGGGGCUUCUUUGAUACGAGCUUUUAGAAAGACAGAUGAAUUCUAUCUGAAGUCUGAAAAGUACGUUGAUACUUUCAUACGUUGCACGUAUCCGAAUCUAAUUGCGAACAGAUGGUUAGCUGUUAGGUUGGAGUUUGUAGGAAACUGUGUCGUCUUGUUUGCUGCCCUGUUUGCUGCACUAUCUAGGAUUAUUGGAAGCGGCAUCAGUGCAGGUGUUGCAGGAUUGAGCAUAUCUUAUGCACUAAAUAUAACGGAAACUCUUAAUUUUGCUGUUCGUCAAGUGAGUGCUCUAGAAACUAACGUUGUUGCAGUAGAACGAGUUAAAGAGUAUGCUAGCACACCAACAGAGGCAGUCUGGUCUAUACCCGGCUCAGUACAUAAAGAGGGCUGGCCCGAUAAAGGGAAGAUUAUGCUCCAGAAUUACUCCACUCGAUACCGCCCAGGUCUUGAUUUGGUUGUGAAAGACCUCAAUGCAAAUAUAAAGCCUGGAGAGAAGGUUGGGAUAGUUGGCAGAACUGGAGCUGGGAAGAGCUCGCUCGCUCUAGCUCUCUUCCGAAUGAUUGAGGCAGCUGAAGGCGAAAUUUGCAUUGAUGAUAUUGAUAUCGCCACCAUAGGUCUUCAUGACCUGCGGUCGCGAUUGACAAUUAUUCCUCAGGAUCCUGUAUUAUUCUCUGGUUCAUUGCGUUUCAAUCUUGAUCCUUUUGACCAAUAUGAGGACUAUGAAGUCUGGUGUGCUCUUGAACUGGCUCACUUGAAAUCGCUUGUCAAAUCAUUUGAUGACGGUUUGUACCAUAAGAUCAGUGAGGGCGGUGAGAAUAUCAGCGUUGGGCAGCGACAGCUAACUUGUUUAGCUCGAGCACUUUUGAGAAAAAGUAAGGUUCUCGUUCUUGAUGAAGCUACUGCUGCGGUUGACCUUGCCACCGAUGCGCUUAUACAAGAAACUAUCAGGAAGGAAUUUAAAACUGCAACUGUUCUUACAAUUGCUCAUCGACUCAACACUAUUCUUGAUUAUGACAGAGUUAUGGUGCUGGAUAAGGGAAGAAUCAUUGAAUUUGAUUCACCACAGUCGCUUUUGGCCGCACAGAAUUCUGUUUUUCAUUCGAUGGCAGUGGAUGCUCAUAUAAUUGCAUAA